AUGGGACCUAAGAAAUAUCUAGCCACCAAGGAAAGUACGUCGGAAUUCUUGCAUCCGUUAUCAUUUAAUCUUUGGAAAUUUGAACUGACGGGUUCUGAGUUGCUUUCUUCGCAUUCGACUGCUGCGCAUUUUUACUUGGAAGGAAAUCUGCUGCUAUCUGUUUUUGGAACGGUCACCGUCGCGCUUACGCUAGAGCCAAAGUUGCGGCUGACCCUUUCUGAAGUUAGGGGCGUUAUGCAUACUUCUAGUAAAGAUGGAUAA